AUGAAACCGGCUAGCGGUCAAGAGUCAAAAGAAACGGAGCACACCGAAAUUCUUCCGUUAUCGCUGCUGAUCACCGGAGAGAGAUUGUCUUCCCUGUCAUUUCCAUCGACCUUCAGUAAAACUUUAUCGUCUCACGACUACGAUAGCAAUGAGAAGGGAAGCCAUUCCUCCGGAGAAGUGAUCGAAAAAGGUAUAGUUUUGCCUCCUAGUCCUAGGCCAGCGCCCCAUCCUAGUGCCCAUACUGUCGACAGUUCAAUUAAGUUCUGGACAUGGUUCAGCCCUUAUCGACAGAUGCUAUUUCUAGUAGUGAUACUUCAGGCCGUCAUGAUUCUGGUCACUCUGUCCGGUGGUUGGCACUUCGCCAGGACCCAUUCUUCUGGGUUUGUCACCGGAAAUCUGUUGGUGACGAUUGCGAUCCGAUCCGAAUGGGUGAUGCGAUUACUGUAUUGGUUUUCUAUCAAGUUGUUCAGGAUAUGGACCCCCUUGAAGUUCCGAGUGAUAGUCGUAGCCAUCCUGUACCACAUCGGCAAGUCUUAUCACUUGGCGGGUUGCAUAGUGGAUGCGGCAUCGGUGCAAUGA